UUGGCGGGAUCCGCCCCGUCCGCGGUAAUUGAGCCGGCGAGGGCGAAGGUGUCGUCGGUUGCUCGGUCCGCGGACGUAUAGGAGGAAGGGACGGCGACCCCAGGGCUGGCGGAACGAGGCCCGGCGUCGCAGCCUGUUCUCUGCCGGAUGGCUAUUGGAAGGGCUCUACCCAAGCAUGGAUAUCAGACCAAAUCACACGAUUUAUAUCAACAACAUGAAUGACAAAAUUAAAAAAGAAGAAUUGAAGAGAUCCCUGUAUGCCCUUUUUUCUCAGUUUGGACACGUGGUAGAUAUUGUGGCUUUAAAGACCAUGAAGAUGAGGGGACAGGCUUUUGUUAUAUUUAAGGAACUGGGUUCAUCCACAAAUGCUUUGAGACAGUUACAAGGAUUUCCGUUUUAUGGCAAACCAAUGAGAAUUCAGUAUGCAAAAACAGAUUCUGAUAUAAUAUCUAAAAUGCGUGGUACUUUCGCUGACAAGGAAAAGAAAAAGGAAAAGAAGAAAGCUAAAACCAUGGAACAGGCUGCAGCGGCUGCAAACAAGAAGCCUGGUCAGGGAACACCAAAUGCAGCUAAUACCCAAGGAACUGCAGCACCAAAUCCUCAGGUCCCUGAUUAUCCUCCAAAUUAUAUCCUAUUUCUUAAUAACUUACCAGAGGAGACAAAUGAGAUGAUGUUAUCCAUGCUGUUCAACCAGUUCCCUGGAUUCAAGGAAGUUCGCUUGGUACCGGGGAGACAUGACAUUGCGUUUGUAGAAUUUGAGAAUGAUGGGCAGGCUGGAGCUGCCAGAGAUGCUCUGCAGGGCUUUAAGAUUACACCGUCCCAUGCCAUGAAGAUUACCUAUGCCAAGAAGUAACAUGCGAUGCCAGUUUGGAAGGACUUGGUAUUAUUUAUAGUGUUUGUUUUGAUCACAUUCGGUCAAGUCAUUUUAAAUGGUUGCAAGUGAAGGUGAAGUUUUGGGAGAAGAGUCACCUAAUUUUUUUUUAGUUUUGCUGAACUAUGAAAUACGGAGCCUUAAUUUUGUACAAUAAACUUUUAUUUGUAUUCUGU